CAGGAUUGUGCAUCCGACUGGGCGAGCUCAAGUACUGGACAGUCGUGGAGAAGUCUGCCGUUGUUUCAUUUUCAUCAUGGCUGCAGUUCAAACAGAGGUUUCCCUUUGCUCACAACCUUGGCAGAGGCCCUUGCACAUCUACGGGAGGCUGGCAUGCAACGCACUAAUGGCUGACUACACAUCGGACAGAACUCCUCUCCAUGAAGCCGCCUACCAGGGCAGACUGCUCCACCUCAGGAAGCUCCUUGCUCAGGGCUUCCAUGUGGACACACUCACCAUGGACAGAGUGUCUCCCCUCCACGAGGCCUGUCUCGGUGGUCAUUACGCUUGUGCCAAGUUCCUGUUGGACAAUGGAGCAAACGUGGGGGCAGUAUCAACAGAUGGCGCCACGCCCCUCUUCAACUCUUGCGGCAGCGGGAGCGCUGCUUGUGUCAGGCUCAUCUUGCAGCACAGUGCCUUCAUCAACACCACCUACCUGCUGGCAUCACCCAUCCACGAGGCCGCAAAGAAAGAUCACAGAGAGUGUCUGGAGCUGCUGCUGACCUACGGAGCACACGUUGACAUGGAGCUCCCAUUGGUGGGGACUCCGUUGUAUUCGGCAUGCAUGGCCCGGGCCGCCGCCUGUGUCGAGGUGCUGCUACACACAGGGGCAGAUGUUCAAAAAGGCUGCGGGCAGGACAGUCCUUUACAUGCUGCAGUUCGAGGCGGAGGAGCAGACGUUGUGGACCUUCUGCUGGACUUCGGAGCUGACAGGUGUUGUAGGAACGCAGAGGGAAAAACUCCUGUGGAUCUGUCCACAGCGAACAGCGCAGUGAGAACUGCACUGCAGCAAAGAGGUCCCUGCUCUCUGUCCCAGCUGUGUCGAUUCUGUAUUCGCCGAAGUUUAGGAAGGAAUCGCCUGCACAGGACGUCCAGCCUUUUCCUUCCUCACACUGUCCAGGACUUCCUCCUCUACCAAUGAGACAUCUCAACCCUGCUCGUUGAAUGAGUGUAGCCUUAAACAGGCUUCACUGAUUUAGCCCCAACAUUUUGCCUUGAGACUGACCUGUGAGGCAAAACAUGUAAGCAGGCAGGCAAAGACUUUCACGUUCAGAGAAAUAUUUUUUAUUCCCCUGUCAUGUAUCUUAUGAUAUGGUUGGUUCUAACAAUAUAACAACAACUAUUUACAAAGAUUUUGGAUUCAAGCUAUGCAAAUUUCGAGAUCAGUUGUAAUCAUGUUGCAGAGACUGUGAUUUGUCAGGUUUUGUAUCUUUAUACUUUUACUGAUAAUAACUGCUUGUUGAAUUUAUACAUUAUUUCAAAAAAAAUUUUAAAGGGUGAAUUUGUUUAUUUUACAUUGAAGACAUUAUAGUGACAGUGAAAAUGGAGUGUGUUAUUUUUGACACAUUCAAAUGCCAUACUUACUUCCUCUUGAAAUGUGUGGUGAUUUCUCUAAAUUUGUUUUCAGGCAACUGAGAACAAGGCCAGAACAUUUUUCUUUUUUACAAAACAUUGAGCAUAUUUGAUAUGAGCAAAACAUCAGUAAGAGACAAGGAUCUGAAGAACUGAGGAAUGGACUCUAUUUUUGUGGCUGGUGUUGCUCAAGGGGAAUUAAUUUCCUAUUUUCAAAUGCCACCCUCAAAGGUCUUCGCUGCACAGACCUGAGACUUCUUGUUUGAGCUGAUUUAACCCGACGGUUCUUUACCUGAAAAGCAAAAGAAAAGGCCUCAGCCUUCAGCAAAACUUCUGAAAGAGAGAUGCUCAAUGCUGUGAUCACAUUUGUGUGUUUGGGUUCAUCUCUGUACCUUUGAGGAACAAAAUACCACCCAUAGUUUUGCGUUGAAAUCAGAGUGCACAUUUGAUUAAAGGACUUGAAUGCUGACAUUUGCUGUGAAGCCACAGUUCAAAGUGGGUUUGCACAUACAAAGAGAAGGUCCUCAGUUUUAAUGACAUUUUUUUGAUAGAAGUCCAAGGAUAUAAUCCAAUUUAUAGCUCAGCUUCAGUUGUUAGUUAAUGGGAAAAGGUCGUCAGGCAUGAAAGACUGCUGAUAUUUAACAGACUGUUCCCUGUGAUACAAUCUCUUUAUUGGCCGAGAGCAAGGGAGGUUAUUCAUCUCAAAUAAAGUUUGAUAAUAUAAAUGUUUUGAUCUCGACUUGAUGAUGAGGAAUUAUUACAAUCCAUGCUGGUGGGGAGUGUGAAUGUCAGUCCACAUUUUCAUGGCAAUCGAUCAAUUAAAUACAUUAUCAAGAAUAAACAAUUAGCCACUAAAAUGUGUUGGUCACGUUUACAGAAGCAGAACCAGUAAACAAGCACAAAAUUUACAAACUCAUAAUAUUAACAAGAAAAUCUCUUUGUACACAAUAUGUAACAUUUGACAGUUAUAUGAAUAACUAAAUAAGCAAACAAAUCUUUUAUAAAACGUUUCCGGUACACAGAUCUGCAGAUUGUUUUGUCAUUUUAAUCAACGAUUAAACCCUAAACUGUUCUCUGUA